AAUGCAAUCCGCAUGUCCCAAUUGGGCACCGAGUUCUGAACCGUGUCAUCUUCUUCCAAAAACACUAUAAAUAUUCCCUUCAACGGUUCCCGUUUCUCAACGUUUACUUUUCUUUUUCAUUCCUCGCAUUACACCUCUAAAAAGCCUUCAGUUUUUGUUCUUCUUUGCUCCAAAUCAAAGGCUCCUGGAAUCUAAAGAAGCAUAUAGACAAGGGGAACAAUAUGAAAUCAGGUUUGGUUGUGGAUGGGGAUUAUAUUUACGACGAAGAGAAGCAUCUCACUGUUCUCAAAACUUCUCUUUUCUUCGCUAAUGAUGGCUUCACUGUUUACGAUUGUAAAGGUCAGUUAGUCUUCCGAGUCGACUCGUACGGCCCUGACCCUCGUGAUAAAGGUGAAGUUGUUCUUAUGGAUGCUCAUGGAAGGUGUCUACUCACUGUAAGAAAAAAGAGGCCGAGUUUACAUCACCGGUGGGAAGGCUUUCUCGGCGAAAGAUCGGAGGGUCAGAAACCAAUCUUCAGUAUUAAAAGAUCAUCAAUAAUCGGACGGUGUGGGAUGAUGGUUGAAGUGUUCAACAAUCCAGGAGAGGAGUACCAGAUCGAGGGAAGCUUCGGACAACGCAGCUGCACGAUCUUCAAUGCAGCCAAGGAAUCAGUGGCUGAGAUCAAACGCAAAGUUGAUGCUUCCACCAACGUGGUACUUGGUAAGGACGUUUUCUUGCUUUCCUUAAAGCCUGGCUUUGAUGGGGCCUUUGCUAUGGGAUUGGUGCUUGUUCUUGAUCAGAUCAACGGUGAUGAUUAUGUUGAAAAUGAUGAGGCUGAGAUGAUCCCUACCACAGAAGAUUAGUUAGUUAUGAUAUUUUCCAAUUUUCCUGGUAUUGGCCUUGGAUUUGUUUUUGUUUUUUCAAGGUUUGGAAAAAAUGCUUGUAUAUGAUUAAAAAAACAAUAAGAAUUGCAUUUUAAAGAUUUAGAACUUUCCGUUCGAGA